AUGAGUACUACUGUACCACGACUUACAAAAUUCGCGCAAGACAAUAGUAGAACAACAACGUGGUGGUUGAGUUAUUAUCCACCCCGUCUUUUGACCCUAUUUCUUCUAGGCUCUCUCACGUCUUUUGUAAUUGACCAUUUGCUUACUCAGAAUCAUAUUACAGAGUAUCCAAAUGACAUUGCAAAGUUGAUUGACACCGCCGCUUGGAUUCCUCCCACUUGCGGGUUAUCCGCAAUUUUAGUAGGUUCUAUGUUUCCUUUAGCUGAUUAUUGGUUUAUGCGCAAACCGCAAGAAUUUCAAAAAGAAUGGA